GAUGGGAAAACCUUGAUUGAGGACUGCCGUCACGUAACAUCACCCAAAGCACUGCGGUAGAUGAGUGAAAUUUGAAAGCCGGUGACAGAGGAGAGCACUCAAGAAGACAACUAUCCCCCCUGGAGUUCCUGCGGUUAUUCCUGAACUACUGAUGUAAAUGCAGAAAGAAAAGCCAUGGGAACUCCAACACUCAUAAUUCCUAUAAUCCUGUUUGCUACAAUGCUGGUGAUGACUGAUGGAAAAAAGUGUGUGUGCAACAGAAGAUCAAGGUGCCGCUGUGAUGGAGUGAAAGGCAGCAGGGGAGACAAAGGAUUUCCAGGAAAUCCAGGUUCCCCUGGGCUAACAGGACGUCCUGGACCAGAUGGUCCCACUGGGCCGAUGGGACUAAAGGGAAACACUGGGCAUGAUGGACCAGCAGGACCAAAAGGCGAUCCGGGACUCGAAGGCAAAGAGGGGUUUGCUGGGAGUCAUGGCUUACCAGGUGUCCCAGGCUUACAGGGGCCUUCGGGCCCCCCGGGAGCCCCAGGCUGCAAUGGAACAGACAAGGGGGAAGACGGACCUCCCGGUAUACAUGGGACCUCCGGUCCUGAUGGACUGCCAGGUCCACCGGGUCGGCCUGGAUCUAAGGGUGAAUCUUGGAUACCAGGCAGUUCACAACCAGGGCCCCGUGGACCACCUGGGAGGGAUGGACAGCCGGGAGUUCCAGGUUUACCUGGAUACAAUGGAAAACCUGGUGAACCUGGACCAAGGGGAUCUGUUGGCUGUCCUGGACGUCGAGGGCCUCCAGGACCAAAGGGUCAGGAAGGCAUUAGUGUUUCCCCAGGACCUCAAGGACCUAAGGGGAGACAAGGCCCAUCAGGUCCACCUGGACCAAAAGCUCAGAUCAAGGAGCUUGUCUCAGGGGGUCUCGUGUUAAAGGGGAUAAAAGGAGACAAGGGAGAUACAGGAGAAAAGGGCUGCAAAGGUUCAACGGGAGAACCUGGUUAUGGACAAUAUAGUAAAGGCGCAAAAGGAGACAGAGGAUUACCAGGUCCAGAGGGAAAGCCGGGCAAGGAUGGUGAUCCUGGACCACGUGGAUUUCUGGGAAGGCCUGGCCCCAGAGGGGAUCCAGGAUAUCCAGGAGUGCCAGGAGUGCCGGGUGAAAAGGGAAAUAGGGGUCCGCCUGGCCCAAGUGGAGAUACUGAGCCAAUCAAAGGAUACAUGGGAGAUCCAGGUCCUCAGGGGCCCCCUGGACUUCCUGGGCCUCGGGGUAUUCUGGGCUUUCCUGGACCACGAGGACCUCCAGGAUUAGGUAUUGAUCUGCCUGGCCUACGUGGUCCCAAGGGCUUUCCAGGCCUAAAAGGUGAUUCUGGGGAGCCUGGGGCUGAUUAUAUCAGACCUCCGGGUCCAGAUGGAGAGCCUGGUGACCAAGGACCUCCUGGAGAUCAGGGCCCACCUGGAAUCCCUGAAGACAGAACUAACAGAGUUACCAAGGGUCGGCCAGGAAUUAAAGGAGUGAAUGGAUCGCCUGGACCCAUGGGAUACGAUGGGGUGUUUGGAAUGAAAGGACAAAAGGGGGAUCCCUGUUAUGAGUGUACUGGAUCAGGAUUCCCAGGACCACCAGGUCCCCGGGGUGAAACUGGCCCUCCUGGCUUCAAUCAGCCUCAAGGUGAUAAAGGUGAUCCCGGUUUCCCAGGACCUAAAGGCUUACCAGGAAGACCUGGUCCAAUUGGUGAAGCAGGUUUUCCAGGUCGAAAAGGAGAGAAGGGAGAGUCAUAUUCCUUUGGUGUUCCUGGGCCAAAGGGAGAAAAAGGGGACCAGGGACAGCUUGGGAGGCCUGGGGAUCCGGGUUCACCUGGGCUUCUAGGAUCGCCAGGUCACAAAGGCAAUCCAGGACCUCCAGGGGAUCCGUAUCUCUUCUCUGGUGAAACGGGAGACCGUGGAGUCCAAGGCCCACCAGGCCCUUUAGGCAGACCAGGACCAGACGGCUACUCUGGGCCAGUGGGUUAUGGACCUGCUGGGCCUCCAGGAAUGAAAGGAGAUAAUGGGGUACCUGGUUUUCCAGGGCUGCCAGGAAUUCCAGGAGAAAAGGGGGAACCUGGAGUCAUAUACAGUAAAGGACUUCCUGGCCCACCUGGAUUGAAAGGUUGGCCAGGUUCACCUGGAAGCCCAGGUCAUCCAGGGGCUCCAGGUCUUCUAGGACUACCAGGUAUACCAGGCCAGAAAGGAGAACGUGGCCCUUUGUCAUUUCCUGGAAUGCCAGGGAAACAAGGACAGAAAGGUGACAAGGGCCAACCAGGUGUCCCAGGCCCUCCAGGUAGAGGUUCCCCAGGUCAACCAGGCCAAGAAGGCCCUCCUGGUCCUCCGGGACCAAAGGGUGAUAGCAACCCUGGGCCUCCAGGCUUUCCAGGGCUUCCAGGUGAAGAUGGAGAUCCAGGGCCUACAGGUGAUCCUGGGAAUCCUGGCUUACCUGGAUAUCCAGGGCUAACUGGCAGUCCUGGUUUUCCAGGAGAAAAGGGAGUAAAGGGUUCUGAAGGGCUUCCAGGGCUACCUGGUAGCAAAGAAUCAUGUAAAGGCUUGCCUGGGCCAAGUGGAGAACCAGGACCAAGUGGUUAUGAAGGACCUCAAGGACCUAAUGGCUUUCCUGGUGAGAAGGGAAAUCAAGGUUUGCCUGGGUUUAGUAUUCCUGGCCCUGCUGGUGAACCUGGGUUUCCUGGGCCAUCAAGAACAGGUUCACAAGGACAUCAUGGACAAAAAGGAAUCAAAGGACAAAAUGGCCUACCUGGUCAACCAGGACCCAGAGGAGACCCUGGACCAGAUGGAUUGCCAUCAGGAUAUGGACCAGAUGGGUUGCCUGGAAUUGCAGGUCCACCAGGUCAAAGAGGUGACCCUGGCCCAGAUGGGCCUAGAGGUCCUCCAGGCCCCCCAGGUAUGAAUGGAGACCAAGGUCCCAAAGGUGCCCCAGGAGCUCCACCACAAAAUUGUCCUGUGAACUCAGGGGACCCUGGUCCACCAGGUAACCCUGGUCUGGCUGGUCCAAGUGGAGAUCCUGGCAGAAAUGGAUCAAAAGGGUGGAGAGGAAAAGUGGGAGCACCGGGGGAUCCUGGACCAAGAGGCUCACCAGGUGAUCCAGGGUUGGAUGGAUUAUUAACAUCACCAGGGUUUAAAGGACAUCCCGGAGCUCCAGGAGAUGCAGGGCUGAGGGGGACUCCAGGGCCAAAGGGAAUAAAAGGAGAUCGAGGAAUACCGGGAAAACCAGGGCGAGAUGGUGAUCAGGGUAAAACUGGUUGCAAAGGAGCUACUGGGGAACCAAAGUACAAUGGAGAUGGACCACCUGGACCAGCAGGCCAAAAGGGUGAACCAGGAUUGACUAAUACUAAUUUGAUGAAGGGUCAGAAAGGACAACCUGGAAUUGCAGGAACAGAGGGUUUACCAGGAAUUUUUGGACUCAAGGGAGACCCAGGACCUACUGGACUAAAUGGUCCCUCAGGGUCUCAAGGGCCAGAAGGGUCAGAUGGCCCUCCAGGUUGCAAAGGGCAACGCGGACCUAAUGGACCACAAGGUAAUGUGGGUCCAACAGGAAAUAGAGGAUUUCCAGGUCCGAAAGGCAGCCAGGGCUUGGAUGGGUUUCCUGGCCCAGCCGGGCAGAAAGGGGAGACUAUCUUGAUAGAAGGGAGUCCUGGGAAGCGUGGUGACCCUGGUCAGCCAGGUCCUCCUGGAAAUCCUGGCCUCCCUGGGUUGUCUGUUACAGGGAUUCCUGGACUAACAGGAGACAAAGGAAUUCCAGGUCCACAUGGCAUCCCUGGCCCAAGAGGGUCACCUGGAAGAGAUGGGGCAUGUCUUCCUGGGUAUAGAGGAGACCCUGGCGAACCUGGAUAUCCUGGGAGGAAAGGCUACUCUGGCCCACCUGGUCCUCCAGGUACAGCAGGGCCUGGGUUAAAAGGAGACAGAGGGGACCCAGGUCUUCCAGGAAGCCAGGGUAAUCCAGGGGAACCAGGAGAUCCAGGCCCACAAGGACCACCUGGUGCAAUAGGCAGACCUGGAGUCCCAGGGCUAAGAGGUGACCCAGGUCUUCCAGGAUUCCCAGGACCUGCUGGUAAAAUUGGAGAGCCUGGGUACAUCCCUGGCCCUCCUGGUCAGCCAGGGGCCCAAGGUAUUCCUGGACCACCAGGGCGUAAAGGUGAGGCAACAGUUAGAACAGUGAUACUUGAACCAGGAGCUCAAGGCCCUCCUGGUCCCCCUGGCACACCGGGACCUCCAGGAAGAACUGGUCCACCAGGACCACCAGGCCUACCAGGCCAGCGUGGUAUCAAAGGAAUGCAGGGUUUCAGCCCACCUGGUCUGCCUGGAUUUACAGGCCACAAAGGAGAUAAAGGAAGAGCAGGGCUGCCAGGUCCCGAUGGCAGACCUGGAACUCCAGGUCAUAAGGGUCCUGCAGGUUUGCCCGGCAGAACCGGUCCGACUUAUGCCGACAGUUUCCUGAUAGUCAGGCACAGUCAGAGCAUCCACCCCCCCAAAUGUCCUCACGGCACUUGCUUCAUCUACAGUGGUUACUCUUUCCUCUUCAUCAAUGGAUAUAAAAGAGCUCAUGGGCAGGACCUUGGCACCACGGGGAGCUGUCUGCCUCAUUUCUCUACAAUGCCUUUUCUGUUCUGUGACACUGAAAAUACCUGCCGCUAUGCUUCUCGUAAUGACUAUUCAUACUGGUUGUCCACUGACACUCCCAUGCCUAUGAACAUGGUUUCCAUAUCAGGAGAAAUGCUGAAAUCCUACAUUAGCAGGUGCUCAGUGUGCGAAACCACCUCCAAUGUCAUAGCCAUCCACAGUCAGAGGACUCUCAUACCAGAAUGUCCUAGAGGUUGGGAAUCACUGUGGACUGGGUACUCUUUCAUCAUGCAAACAGGUGCUGGAGCAGAGGGAUCCACGCAGCCCCUGAUUUCUCCUGGCUCAUGUCUGGAAAAUUUCCGCCAAGUGCCCUUUAUAGAGUGUCACGGCAGGGGGACGUGUAACUACUAUCCUGAUUCCUAUAGCUACUGGCUGGCCUCCCUCGACCCCAACAACAUGUUCGGUAAACCCAUACCUCAGACAGUGAAGGGACCUUUCCUAGAAAGCAUCAUCAGCCGCUGCCGAGUCUGCAGAAAACCCAGGGCAUCAAGGUGAAGAGAUAAACAGUCUGUUUCUCACUUCAUUAUGUUCAUAUUGGGCUUAUAAGCAGAGGCUAAACUAAGAUUUGUCUGGUGGAGGGCCCUAUGAUUUGUCAAAGAAUUACUUUGCAGUAAGUUGUAUAAUCAUUUGUAUUUUUAGUGCUCAUUGUCUGUGAUCAGUCAAGCCUGAAAUCUGAGGUUUACUGAGCUGUCAUUGUUGUUUCCCAACCUGUAGAUAAUAUAAAUCUGGUAUAAUAGGUGAAGCAUCCUCAGCUUCAAUUAAAUAUACACUUGAUAUAACUUAGAAGUGACCCUGGACACCACAGCCUGCUGUGCACCAGCCUAAUAUAGUCCUUUAAUGUCAACCGUACCACAGUUCUGCAGAUUAACCAGUUUAAUCUGCACUACACUACAAUAAAACUGCCUAGGACUGUCAUACAACACACAAAUGUAAAAGAGUACAUAACAUGUUUAAAUUAAAUUAAUUAAAGUUCUUACCUUUGAAAAUAAUCUUACUCUCCCGUCUGGUUUUUGCUACGUCUAUUUCUGUGCGAAGUUAUCACGUUAAGGCUUUUUUUGUCCUGGAAAAUACACCAACUUUACAUUCAGCUACCAAACAGAUUCAGAUUUACACUGCACAGAAAUGGUUUGUUUGUUUUCCUGAUAUUUGUUGAGCUGUUUGAAAAAUUGACUCUGAUUGGCUGAUAUCUUCUGAUUUAAAAAACCACAUGACAAAGUGCCCAAACCAAAACUUAGCCGGCGUGACAAGGAAAAAACAAUAUGUUCAGGAUGUUGUGACUUAUAUUUCUGAAUUUUUGUGUCUCUCUAGAAGCAAUAACUGGCUGCACCACAUCGAAAUUUUACUGACUUUGUAUUAUUUUGUGAUUUCAUUAUUGAAGGUACGUUUAGCAAAUGUAUACAUGUCAUCUUGCACUGUGGUAGGGUACCACAAAUGGAUUAUUCUAGUGACACAAUGCAGCGCUGUAAAAACUAAUAAAAAGACUAAUAAAUGUGGUAUUACUUACAGUAGUAAAAACAUA